ACCCGAUAUUUUCAGAAUCCAAGGUGGAAGAAACAGACAACAUUUUUGUCCGAUGUGAGAAAUCCAGCCGGAAUUGUCAAGUGAUCAGAAACCUCUCCAUCAAUCAAACAACUGGACGGCUUAAAUCCCCCUUUUGUUUUUUUUGGUUUUUCGAUCUUAAUUAUGUGGCUGCCACACAAACGGAACAAAAAUAAGACCAUCAGAUUGUGAAAAUCUUGGGGUUUUGAGGGUGGGUCGGGAGAUGGAUCAGUUUGUGGUGGUGUGAGGAGUCCACGACCCCUAAUUAGUUGAGAAAUUUGGUUUUUCGCAACUGGGUUUCUCUCGGAUAUGGCGGAAAAGCUUUGCCUGAUGGCCUCCCAUGGCUAUCCUCACGGCCGCGUUCUGCACCAGGAGCAACUCAUGAGCGUUAUCAAGGAUUUUCAACCCUUUAUGCCAAGUUUUGGAGCAAAGGAGGAAAUCACAAAGUUAGGGUCUUUGAAAUUGGUGCCGCAGCAAUGUGAGGAGCCAUGGAAACUCACAAGUGGAGUGCCGGAGGCCAAUUGGUUUGUAAAGACUGUCUCAGAAAUUGAAAGACCUCCACUUAAUUUGCAAGAUGUUUGUCCAGACUCAGUGCUGUUCAGCAUUGGAAUUGCCGAACACUUCAUAAAACGUGAAAAGAUGUUGCAGUUCCUCAGAUCAGGAGAGGGUGAAGUGGAGAGAGGCGCAGUAGAUAUAACCUUACUAUAUGACUUGAUGGGGUUACAUGAAAUGGGCCAACAACCAUUAAUGCCAUCUCUUAUCUACCCGAGAAGUGAGUUCAAUACCCAGAAGCCUCUCUUGGACUUUGUGGGCGAUCUUCACUGGAGUUCGAAAAUUACAGUUCAGCCAGAUGGUCGAGUCUUAUUCACAGGUACUGAGGCUGAGAUGAAGCAUCUCCUUUCAGUUGUAGCUGAAUUUUACUCCUUGAGAAACACAGUUGUUUGGAAAAAGCAGUCUGUGUUGGUUCCGCACUUUAAGAGUGUGGGGAGCCGGGAAGCAGGAGUUAUCAUUGAUGGAACUUUGGUCAAUAUGCAGGCGACUACGCUUGCUCCUUUGAAGAGUCCCGAAAAAGUUAAGACAAAGGCGCCCAAGCGGAGGAGUGGUAAAAAAGCAGGCAAAGAUAGAGAUCUCUACGAGCGGAACUACUUCCACGCCUGUGAGAGCCUUCUAUCCAUAAUGAUGAACAGAAAACAGCAUGGGAAACUGGCAGUUCUCUCACUUAAAAAGUCCGGCCCAGAGCUUCCGGAACUCCUAACCCAGUUUUCUGCUGGUAUCGCUGGAACUGGCUUGGCUGUCCUUUUCUCUGUCCUCUGUAAAGUAGCUUCUGGGAGGGUACCCCUUUGUGCGUCCAAACUCUUGAACACCGGAGUUGCAUUUGCAUUAGUCUGGCUCUCUUGGGGGGUGAAUAAACUGAGGGACACAGUUGUUCAAAUCAGGAAGAAUUCAAAGAAGCCAGGUUUACAAGAAGAGGAAAUAAUGAAAAGGGUAGAUAGAAGCGUGAACGAGAUUUACUUGAGAGCCGGAACAUUGAUGGCGGUGGCGGUGUUGAGGCUUGCUUGAGCAUGAAACGAGAAAAGGAAGAAGAAAACGGUAGGAUGAUUUGAAGAACAUUUGACCGGAUGGCGAGUAUAAAUGUACAUAUGCAGGCCGAGCUGAGUGAUCAUCAGUCGAAGCUUUGUGAGCAUGAGGUGAAGGAUGAUCGGUCUUCUAAAGACGAAUUGAAUUCUGAUUCCGAAGCCACUCCACGGUUGACGGGAACCUGGAGCUCCCCUGAGCUCUGGCUAAUGACCGGUCAGCCGGUAGUAGUAGUUUAGUAGCAAUCGCAGUUUUCGUGCACAAACUCUCUCCCAUCCCCUGUAUCGCCAUCGCCUCUAUGACUAGAUAAGCUGUUUUCACUGGUUACUUGUAUUCUUGUCAUGGCCGGUCCUCAAUUUAACGUCUUCGACGCUAA